UGGGCGGGGCCGGGGCUGCGGGAUGGACGCGGUUCUGCUCGUCGCCGCUGCCGUGCUGCUCGCCGUUCUUCUCUUCUUCGCCACCCGCCUCCGCGGCCAAGCCACAGCAGGUGGGGAAUAGAAGCUGCCACAAUUCUGCCAAUAAAUCUGUGUUGCCACCUGCAAAGGACUUGAAACCUGGGACACUGGACCUAAAGAAAUGCUGACGAGGAGCACGAGCAGAAUGUGGCAGCAGCAGCAGGGGCCAGGCCCCGGCCCCACGGGGAGGAACGGGCAGAGGGGAUGCCCAGGCGCCGCAGGAACAUGGGCAGCAGGCUGAUGGCCCAGAGGAGAGCCCAGCAGGCAGAGGAGUGGCUGGAAGAGGAAGAGGAUGCUGAGGAGGUGCCAGAAUUUCAGGUGUCUGGGAAAAUUGGAGCAAAGAAGCAGAGGAAAUUAGAAGAGAAACAAGCCAGGAAAGCACAGAGAGAGGCUGAAGAAGCAGAGAGGGAAGAACGGAGAAAGCUCGAGUCGAAAAGAGAGGAGGAAAGGAGGAAAGAAGAGGAGAGAAUUCGUCUGGAGGAGGAACGACAGGAAGAGGAAAAAAGGAAGGCAAAGGAAGAAGAGGAGAAGAGAGAAUAUGAAGAGUACCUGAAGCUGAAGGAGAGUUUUGUAGUUGAAGAGGAAGGAGUUGAAGAAUCGAUGACAGAGGAACAGUCUCGCAGCUUUCUUAUGGAAUUCCUGGAAUAUGUUAAGAAAACAAAGGUUAUCCAGCUGGAGGACUUGGCUUCACAUCUGGGUUUAAGGACACAGGAUGCAAUUAACAGAAUCCAGGACCUGAUGGCAGAUGGCACCCUGACAGGUGUGAUUGAUGACAGGGGAAAGUUCAUCUACAUCACUGCAGAGGAGAUGGCAGCCGUGGCCCAGUACAUCAAACAGCGAGGCCGAGUCUCCAUUGCAGAGCUGGCCCAGGCCAGCAACUCCCUCAUCAACCUCCAGCCUGACAGCAGAGCUGUGGCUCCAACCGUGGCCUGAGAGAAACACUGCAGGGGUUUAACCUCUUAAUGAAUAAACCACUUAAUCAAAAGCAAACAAGAACCUCCCCGCUGCGUUCGUGGUGCCUGAAGGUAGGAUGCUCUUUUGAAGCAUCAGCUGCCAACUCAGAAGUUUUGCUUUUCCUUCUGUUAGAUCUGGUGUUGAAUGGUAGAGUUGACUGUAGAAGACACUGGCCAGGAACUCAAACACUGAUGCACCUGUAGCCCAGGAAGAUCAGUAAUUUAUUCCUUUGGCAGCCAGUCUCAUGUUGCUGUAAACAAACUUUUUAUUGUUUGCAGAUUCUGAUGUCUGUAUCAAUUAGAUCUGGGGUUGAUUUUGUUCAGGAUUCUCCAGGCUUGCUCUGUACUAUGGAGCUGUUUAAUUUUGUCAUGGACACGACCAUAGGUGUGUAGAUUUUGGCUGCUGCACCCACACUGGAAAGAAAGAGUAAAAAGACAGUUUGUCUCUGUUCUUGCUGAAAUAUAUCCUGGAACUCUGGAAGGAAUCAUUGCUCUGUUAAAACUUCCAGGAACUAUUUCAGGAAACCUUUGCUAUAUAAAUAUAUUUAUAUAUUGAUUUAUGUAAUUUAAAAAGUUUACUUGCAGACAGGCUGCAUCAUUUCCCUGUAGCCAAGAGACAGAAACCCCUCCAGGGAAGGGCUAACUGGGCUCAUUUAUUGUGCAGGCCAGUUCUGCUGAUACCAGCCAGAUCCUGGUGAUUCAUCCUUUGAAGUCAGAGCCAGCUCAGAGUGUCUGAAGGCCUCAGACACCCCCACCCUGUGGCCUCUGUGUUCUGCAGGUUUGGGGGGUUUUUAAAUAAAAACUUCAGACACUCUGAGUCAUGCAGUUAAUGUUCCAAGUUAAUGAUUAGUAAUGUAUUAAUCGUAUGGGUCAGUGUAUUUCCUGCAUAAGAAUAUUUAUUUUUUUAAAUCAUUCAUUCAUUGUCCUUUCUGAAAUCAGCAGGAUUUAUGUGGAUGAACAGUAAUUGGGGAGGACAAGAGGUUUUGCCUCUGCCAAACUUAGAAAGAACUUGAGCAGACUAAAAGUCAUGUUAUCAGUGGGAUGAGACAGCAAUAAAACAAUGGAAGGAAACAUUUCCUUUUAAUCUCUGCACUGCUGCUGGAUGUGAGAGUGCAGGAGAGGGGAGUUCCACCAGCACCACGUGUUGCUGUGAAAGAUCAGCACAUCCUGAGUGCUGUACAACCACAGCCAGCAAAAAGCUUACUUCACAUUUGAGGCUUGUAAAGUCUCUUACUUACAGAUUGCAUAUUAAAUUUUUUAAAAAAAUAUUUGGGUUUGCCAUUAUUUUUUUGUUGUUGUUCUGUCUUAAACUACUCUUGUAAUAAAAUCAACAGUAUUGAAAGAAUUGCAGAGGUUUGUGUUGGAAAUGGGCAGGGACAGGGUUGGGGUAAGACAUGGCUGUGAGCUCUGCCAGCAGCUGCUCUGCUC